ACUUUUAUGGCCUCGUGUUCCCUUCCACUUCUUAUUUUUCCUACUAUUAUGUUCAUUAAUCAUUAUUCAUUAGGGAUAAUUAAGUCACUAAAUAAGUUGGCAUUUUAAGUUUUUUUUUUCAGGAAACUAUAGUUGAGCCUCUUCGGUGAUGAGCCCAUAUACUUUAUUGGGCCCAAAUUAAAAGGCCCAUUAGUCAAAAUAGGCCUCCACCGCCUUAUAGUCCACUCUAUAUUAUCCUAAAACGGUUCCUUGCAAAUUCAAAUAUUUAUGCUCCCUCCGGAUCGUCAACUGUUCAGAGAUCAUCGUUGUGACGGAGUAGAACCCACUCAAGGAGAUCGAAAUGGAGCCCAUCUUCUGCCGAUCGAGCACUCUCGAUCUUACGCCUUCACAUUUCCGUUUUGAGCCUUCCUUGCCUUUACUAAUACCAUCAAGUUGUAUCAUUCUGUAAAUGUAAAGUAUCGGCAUAUACUUGAUCCUGGAUCGGAGGCUUGAGCGGCAGAUACAUAGAUGGUAGCUUUAAUUUGAAAGCUCAAGCCGCUGGUUCAUCUAUCUCAAACGUCAAAUGGCAAUGAGGAGUCUGACCUACAAUGAGCCCCGGGCAUUGAUUUUCCUCGAUGCGGAUACCAAUGGAGAGGAUGAAGAAACAAAGACGUGCGAAACAAAGACAUACAAAAGUUUCUUGGCAGGUGAGGUUGGGAAUCGAUCAAGUGAAUUUCAUCCGGAGGUCAGAAGAGUAAAGAGAGAGGGUUCUAAUAUAUAUGAGGAAUUUAUGCCCACUGGAGGGGCUGAUGUUAAGGUUAGGUAUCCAGUUUUGCUAACACCUGCGGAGAAGCAAAUGGCGAGGGAAGUUUGCAUUGCUUUUAGGCAAACGGUCUGUAGGUUUGAUCUCCUGCGCUCAGAGGGUCGUUCCCAUGCUUGUGAUGUAAAUGGAUGGAGUUUUGUGAAGAACUCUUACAAUGUAAGGUAUUAUCAUGAUGCUGCCUGUGUGCUGAGGAAAAUGUUUUUGGAUGCAAAGGCUCCUCAUCUUUCUUUGACAAUUCCUCCUAUCUUGCCAUGGAAGGUCAACGAACCUGUCCAAUCUAAUGAAGGACUAACUCGCCAAAGGAGUGGCAUUAUUGGCGCCUCUGGGCAAUUGGAGGAGCUACGUUUGCGUCGUUGCUAUUUAGAAUUUUGCUUUUUCAUGCAAGUUACAUCUCACGUUGUAGAUGUUUUUAUUUUUAGGGUGGGGCAUUUCUCUUGCAUAUACAGAAAUGUUCAAUUCAAGCCGUUGCCGUGGGUUAAAGUACCAAAAAGUGAGAGUGAAGGCGAAGAAGAACAGCCGGUGGAGGAACUUAUGGCUCUGAAAUAUGGGGGAGUUCUUACACAUGCUGGUAGAAUACAGUUCUAUUCAGCAGUUGUGAUGAUCAAUGUCUGCUUGAGUGGUUUGAGAUGGAACGGUACCAUUUUUCCCUCGGAGGUGAAGGCACUGGCUUGCUUCGUCUCCAUAGUACAUACCGUCACGACCUUAAAAAUUUACAGCUCCGAUGAGGGACGUGUUCAGAGCUUCCGGGAAAAAAAUAUGAAAGGGUUUGGCAUUGUUGACGUAGAAGCACAGCUGGUUUCUCUGGUUAACAGAAUAAUGCCAGCAGAGAAAUGGAAGAGGCCAAGAAAAGGGAAGAAAUGAACGUGUAGCAUGAAGCUGAUUAAAUUGUUUUGUUUGGACAAACUCGUUUAUCCUUACAAAACCGAAAAGGAGGUAAUGGUAAUGAUAUCGCCUUAUCAGCCUUAUUCUCUCACUUUUGGCCUGGACGCUGAUGAGAAAAGACUCGCCUUAUCAGCCUGAAUAUGCAUCCUUGAAAAAGCAUCUGCAGGGAUCUCAGGACAAGAAGAGCAUGAUUUCACAUCAGAAAUCAAUGCUCAGAAGAGAAGAGCAGAAAAACAAAUGAACAAAAGAGAGGAAUAUCUACAAACCGAUGAAGGUGAAAAUAAGUUAGAACGUCAAGUAAAAGAAUUCAGCUGAGCCAUAACCGAUGCACAAGGCCUGAACGUGGGAUGAUAUCACAUAUAUGUAUAUAUAGGAAAAUUAUAUUUUUUUACAUGAAUUUAAAAAAUGUGAUUCU